CAGGCUUUAUCCUACUUGUUCCUUUGGUGAACCAGAUUCUCUUAAACUUGCAAAAAGAUGACCAACCUCUUGAGAAGUGUUGUCACUGUCAUAGAUGUCUUCUACUCAUAUACCAACCAAGAUGGAGAAUGUGGCACACUGAGCAAGGAUGAGCUAAAGGAACUUCUGGAAAAAGAGUUUCGUCCAAUUCUGAAGAACCCAGAUGAUCCAGAUACAGUGGAUGUCAUCAUGCAUUUGCUGGAUCGAGAUCAUGACCGAAGACUGGACUUUACCGAGUUUCUUCUGAUGGUAUUCAAGCUAGCUAUGGCUUGCAACAAGGUUCUCAGCAAGGAAUACUGCAAAGCUUCAGGGUCAAAGAAGCGUAGACGUGGUCACCGACACCGAGAGCAAGAAAGUGAAACAGAAGAGGAAGAAGAGGAUACAUCAGGACAACAAUCAGGUUACAGAUACUCAAGUUGGCGUGAAGGAGAGGAGCAUGGUUAUAGUUCUGAGGGCUCAAGGGGGACUGUGAAACAUAGACGUGGAUCUGUCUCCAGGAGGCUGGGAAGACAAGGUGGUUUAUCUAGCUCAGGUAACCAAGAGGGAGCUGAGAAAAGGCGCCGUGGGUCUAGCUCUGGUCACUCAUGGAGUAGUAGCAAAGAAAGACAUGAUUCCACCUCUGGAGAACUGGAGGGGGAAAAAAACGAGUCCCGUAGCCCUUCUAGGGGCUCUUGGGAGGAUUAUGAAUAUGGAUCUAAAAGUGGGGGGAAGAAAGGUAAUGGUGGUCUAUCACAAGGAUUGGAGGUUAGUAGACAUGAAUCAAACUCUACUCAGUCAAGAAAGAGUGGAGGAAAAAAGUCUGAAUCUAGCUCUAGUGUUUCAAGUGACAGUGAAAGGCAAAGCCAAGCAUGUGGCUCCAGCAAUUCAGGGGGCUGUGGAAGUCCACAAAAUGCUUCUAGUUCUUGUCAGACAGGUAGAUUUGGAGGACAAGGAAAUCAAUCUAACUGCACCUAUUCAGGCUGUCAGUCAGGAAGUAGUGGAGGACAAGGUCAUGGUUGUAUCUCAGGAAGUCAGUCCUGUGGUUAUCAUCAACAUAAGCCUAGCUCAUGUAGUCAGUCUUCUAGCUCAAGGGGAUGUGGAUCUAGAGCAUGUAGUCAACCUCAGAACUAUGGAGGACAACAAGGAACAGGUUCUUGUUGUGGACAAUAUGGGUCUGGAGCAAGUCAGUCUUCCAGUUCUGGUCAACAUGAGUCUGGUUCCUGUGGACACUCUAAUCCAAAAAGGUCUGGUUCUAAAUGUUGCCAACAUGGGUCUGGAUCAGGUCAGCCCUCUUGCUGUGGCCAACAUGGGUCUGGAUCAGGUCAGUCCUCUUCCUGUGGCCAACAUGGGUCUGGAUCAGGUCAGUCCUCUUGCUGUGGCCAACAUGGGUCUGGAUCAGGUCAACAUGAAUCUGGGUCGGGUCAGUCCUCUAGCUCUAGACAACAUGGGUCUGGCUCAGGUCAAUCCUCUGGUUCUAGUAAACAUGAAUCUGGCUCAGGUCAAUCCUCUGGUUCUAGACAACAUAGAUCUAGCUCAGGUCAAUCCUCUGGAUCUAGACAACAUGGGUCUGGCUCAGGUCAUCAACAUGGGUCUGGUACAAGUCAACAUGAAUCUGGCUCAGGUCAGUCCUCUGGCUCUAGACAACAUGGAUCUGGCUCAGGUCAGUCCUCUGGCUCUAGACAACAUGGGUCUGGGUCAGGUCAUUCAUCCGGUUCUAGAGAGGGGUCCAGCUCAGGACAAGCCUCUGGCUCUAGACAGCAUGGAUCUGGCUCAGGGCAAUCCUCUGGCUCUAGACAACAUGGAUCUGGUUCAGGUCAUUCCUCUGGUUCUAGUCAGUCCUCUGGUGGUAGUCAACAUGGGUCUGGUACAAGUCAACAUGAAUCUGGCUCAGGUCAGUCCUCUGGCUCUAGACAACAUGGAUCUGGCUCAGGUCAGUCCUCUGGCUCUAGACAACAUGGGUCUGGGUCAGGUCAUUCAUCUGGUUCUAGAGAAGGGUCCAGCUCAGGACAAGCCUCUGGCUCUAGACAGCAUGGAUCUGGCUCAGGGCAAUCCUCUGGCUCUAGACAACAUGGAUCUGGUUCAGGCCAUUCCCCUGGUUCUAGUGAAGGGUCCAGCUCAGUGAAGGGUCCAGCUCAGGUCAGUCCUCUGGUGGUAGUCAACAUGGGUCUGGUACAAGUCAACAUGAAUCUGGCUCAGGUCAGUCCUCUGGCUCUAGACAACAUGGAUCUGGCUCAGGUCAGUCCUCUGGCUCUAGACAACAUGGGUCUGGGUCAGGUCAUUCAUCCGGUUCUAGAGAGGGGUCCAGCUCAGGACAAGCCUCUGGCUCUAGACAGCAUGGAUCUGGCUCAGGGCAAUCCUCUGGCUCUAGACAACAUGGAUCUGGCUCAGGUCAUUCCUCUGGUUCUAGUGAAGGGUCCAGCUCAGGUCAGUCAUCUGGUGUUAGUCAACACGGGUCUGGCUCAAGAGAACAUAAAUCUGGCUCAGGUCAGUCCUCUGGGUCUAAACAACAUGGAUCUGGCUCAGGUCAAUCUUCUGGCUCUAGACAACAUAGGUAUGGGUCAGGCCAGUCUUCUGGUGCUGACCCACAAGGGUCUGGCUCAGGUCAGUCCUCUGGAAUUGGCCAACAUGGGUCAAGCUCUAGUCAGUCCUCUGGUAUCGGACAACAUGGAUAUGGCUCUGGUCAAACUUCUGGCACUAGAGAACAUCAGUCUAGUUCAGGGAAGUCCUCUGAUAUUAAACAACAGGAAAUAA